UUGAAUUCGCUUUCCUAACAAACGGACGUUCUGCAAUACAAGAGUUAAUAGUACGGAUACAUUUGUCGCGUGUGGUUUGCUCUCGUAUAAUAAGUUCUUCAUGCACAUACAACCAAUAGUGUAACGCAAAUUUUAUGUAGAUAUAGCCGUCGUAAUUUAAUGUGGAUAUUCAGAAAACGGAGUCUUGCAAUUGGAACAGAAUAAAAAAUAAAGUUCAACAAAAAAUUGCAAGUUACCGACAAUCUAGUCGUUUAAGCGCAAUUUAUAAGCAACACACACAAUAGAUUUUCUCAAGUGUGCCAUCGCGAUGGCUGCUCCAGCAGCCUGUACGCGUUUCUCCGAUAACUAUGAUAUAAAGGAAGAACUUGGAAAAGGCGCCUUUUCGAUAGUUAAACGAUGUGUCCAAAAGUCGACAGGAUUUGAGUUUGCUGCAAAGAUUAUCAAUACUAAGAAACUUACAGCAAGAGAUUUUCAGAAAUUGGAAAGGGAGGCUCGCAUAUGCCGAAAAUUGCACCAUCCUAACAUUGUUCGAUUACAUGACAGUAUACAGGAGGAGAACUAUCAUUAUCUCGUUUUUGAUCUUGUAACUGGUGGUGAGCUAUUCGAAGAUAUUGUUGCACGUGAAUUUUAUUCAGAGGCUGAUGCAUCACAUUGUAUUCAACAAAUAUUGGAAUCGGUUAAUCACUGCCACCAGAAUGGUGUGGUGCAUCGAGAUCUCAAGCCAGAGAAUUUACUAUUAGCUAGUAAGGCAAAGGGUGCAGCUGUGAAACUCGCUGACUUUGGUCUAGCCAUUGAAGUACAAGGCGAUCAUCAGGCAUGGUUUGGAUUUGCGGGUACUCCGGGUUAUCUAUCACCUGAAGUUUUGAAAAAGGAGCCUUACGGCAAAUCGGUAGAUAUAUGGGCAUGUGGAGUCAUUCUUUACAUUUUGCUUGUGGGCUAUCCACCAUUCUGGGAUGAGGAUCAACAUCGAUUGUACUCACAAAUUAAGGCUGGAGCCUAUGAUUAUCCAUCACCAGAGUGGGAUACUGUAACACCAGAAGCUAAAAAUUUAAUCAAUCAAAUGCUUACUGUUAAUCCAAAUAAGAGAAUUACUGCAGCUGAAGCCUUGAAACAUCCGUGGAUAUGUCAAAGGGAACGCGUGGCUUCAGUAGUCCAUCGCCAAGAAACAGUUGAUUGUCUCAAAAAAUUCAACGCGCGUCGUAAACUUAAGGGCGCUAUACUAACAACAAUGUUGGCCACUAGGAAUUUUUCAAGUAGGUUCAUGCCUUCAUAUAUAAAACAUUAUUUUCUGUUUUUCAUCAAAAAAUUUAUCUCACAUAAAGGUAGAAGCAUGAUAACCAAGAAAGGGGAUGGAUCACAAGUGAAGGAAUCAACUGAUUCAUCUAGCACAACUCUUGAAGACGACGACGUUAAAGAAGAUAAAAAAGGAAUUGUUGAUCGCAGUACUACAGUCAUAUCAAAAGAUCCAGAAGAAAUAAGGAUUGUGUGUCCUGCAAAAGCUUGCCAGCAAAUCUCAGGAAACUCACAGUGCUCUUCAGCCAGACGACAGGAAAUUAUCAAAAUCACAGAACAAUUGAUUGAGGCAAUCAACAGCGGUGACUUCGAUGGAUAUACUAAAAUAUGUGAUCCACAUCUAACGGCUUUCGAACCAGAGGCAUUAGGCAAUUUAGUCGAAGGAAUUGAUUUCCACAAAUUUUAUUUUGAAAAUGUUCUUGGUAAAAAUUGCAAGGCAAUAAACACUACAAUACUAAAUCCCCAUGUACAUUUGCUAGGAGAGGAAGCGGCUUGCAUUGCCUAUGUAAGGCUUACUCAAUAUAUUGACAAGCAAGGACAUGCACACACUCAUCAGUCGGAGGAGACACGCGUUUGGCAUCGACGAGAUAACAAAUGGCAAAAUGUCCACUUUCAUCGAAGUGCCUCAGGGAAGAUUAGUGGGGCAACGACUUUCGAUUUUUUACCACAGAAAUAGAUUCGUGGCCUAAAUGGAUUAUACGUUGAAAUUCAUUCGACACAAUGAUGAUGUUAGGAACUCUACACUACUUAAAAAUUGUACUGACAAAGGAUCGUCGUAGUGCACAGCUAUCAGCGUUUUGGAGUUAGUCCCUAAUAACACAAAAUAUAAAAAUAAAUACAUAUAUUGGAGGGGCGAACAUUGUAAGUCAAUAUAAUACUAUAUAUUAUUUUUCCCCGGUCCGCGUGACCUUCCAAAUAAACGUGCGUUCCAUUUUCUGCAUGCAUAAGACAGAAAAAAAUAAUAAAAUAUACAUACAAAUUUAUAAUUAAAGAAAUGUCCAAGAAACAUUUGACAAUGAUCUUCAAAUGGCUAAUCACUACUAAUCUAGCACUUUAUGCAAAGCCCUAAUACAGUUUUUGACGUCGCACUCACAAACACAAACACAAAGUUACUCACACAGCCAAUCAUUCAUGUAUUUAUAGUUAAUAAAUAGCAGUAACAAAAACUUUCUUUUAAAAAAUCGAUCUCUAUAGUUCCAACUUUGCCUGCAAACAUAACAUAACCUAACAAAUUUACAUUAGUACGUUGUGAAACUAAAGUUAAAUACUGCUAUAUAUGUAUGUGUGUGUGCACGUUCUUAUAUACAUACACACACACAUAUAUAUAUACAUAUGAAUUUGUAAGUACUAAUAUGUAUAUUUCAAACUUAAGAAUUUCAUCAUAAUAUAAACAAAUACUUACAUGUUGUAUCCAUUUACGAUUUAAAUUCUAUAAAGUGCAUAUAGGAUAAUCAAACGAGUUAAAACAAGGAAACAACACACAGACAGACACACACAAUAAUACAUUCAUUAAUGAUUCUAUUAUGAAUGACAUUUUGCUGACAUUAACUGGCGGCACCUACCUUAGUUAUUUAAGCGUAAUUAAAACAAACGCAAACGCAUUUUCAGAUUUAACUUUGCAACUAAAUUAUAUGAAGAAGCAAAAAUGAUAAACAAAACAAAACAAAACAAAACAUGAUAAUGAGACCUAUAGCUAUUUAAUAACAAAAUAAUCUAUAAAUAAUUAUAUUAACAAUUUAUUGGUAUGAAAAACAUAUUCAAGAAAAAACA